AUGGAAUCAGUUGUUCGAAAGUCUGCGAAGCUUUGUCCGUUUGUUCGGAAAGCGUCAUCUUCUAUGCAGAAUGUCAAGGCAUUGCAGUCGGCAAAUCUAUAUGCGAUGGCACUCAAGUGUCCGGUGAUGGGACGUGCAUUUGCUACUCGGGGGUAUGUGAGUGCUUCCACGCCAACGGCGGCCGCGGCGGCCACGGCGGCGGUGGUGGAUGUGCAGGAUAUGCCCUUAGGAGUAGGCGCAGGAGCGGGUAUGGUUGAGCGGGGCAGUCAGGAGGAGGCUUUUGAUUACGAGGGGCUGUUUGAUAGUGAAUUGGCGAAGAAGCGGGUGGAUAGCUCGUAUCGGUUUUUCAACAAUAUCAAUAGAUUGGCCAAGGAGUUCCCCCGAGCGCAUAGGCAUGAGGAGGAGGACAAGGUUACUGUUUGGUGUUCGAAUGAUUACUUAGCGUUUUCCAAGAAUGAGCAGGUUAUCGAUGUGAUGAAGAAGACUCUGGACAAGUACGGUGCUGGCGCUGGUGGUACGCGGAAUAUUGCUGGCCAUAAUCGGCAUGCGAUGAAGUUGGAGGCAGAGUUAGCAGCUUUGCAUAAGAAGGAGGGUGCGUUGGUGUUUUCUUCUUGUUAUGUUGCGAACGACGCUAUUCUUUCUUUGCUAGGCCAGAAGAUCAAGGACCUUGUCAUUUUCUCUGACGAGAUGAAUCAUGCGUCCAUGAUUGUGGGGAUCAAGCACGCGAUGUCGAAAAAACAUGUCUUUCGUCAUAAUAACUUGGAGCAUUUGGAAAAACUUUUGGCCAUGUACCCUAAGUCGCAGCCGAAAGUGAUUGCGUUUGAGUCUGUGUACUCGAUGUCUGGUUCCGUUGCAGAUAUCCGGAAGAUUUGUGACUUGGCGGAGAAGUAUGGUGCAUUGACCUUUUUGGAUGAGGUUCACUCUGUGGGGCUAUAUGGUCCUCAUGGUGCCGGUGUCGCAGAACACCUUGACUUUGAGGCGCACCGCAGAGCUGGUAUUGCGUCCCCUGACCAGCGCACCGUCAUGGAUCGUAUCGAUAUGAUUACUGGCACCUUGGGCAAGUCUUUUGGUACUGUGGGGGGAUACGUAGCCAGCUCCGUCAAGCUCAUUGAUUGGCUCAGGUCCUACGCGCCAGGUUUUAUCUUUACUACAUCUUUGCCGCCAGCUGUGAUGGCAGGUGCGGCAGAAGCAAUCCGUUUCCAGCGUUCCCGCUUGAACCUUAGACAAACCCAGCAAACCCACACCGCGUACGUCAAAGCAGGGCUUCACGAUUUGGACAUACCUGUACAACCGAACCCUUCACACAUCGUUCCGGUUCUAGUAGGUAGCCCGGAACUGGCCAAGCAGGCGUCCGAUAUCUUGAUGGAAAAACAUCGUAUCUAUGUGCAAGCUAUCAACUUCCCAACUGUUCCUCGUGGUACCGAACGUUUACGUAUAACUCCGACGCCAGGACACACCAAGGAUCUUUCAGACGUCUUGUUGGAAGCGUUUGAUGACGUUUGGACUAGUUUACAACUACCAAGAGUCAAGGACUGGGAAGCCUACGGUGGGCUGCUUGGUGUGGGAGAUCCAAACUACGUUCCUGAGCCAAACUUGUGGACGCAGGAACAGUUGUCGUUGACUAACGAAGACUUGAACCCCAACGUUUUGGCGCCUGUAAUUGACCAACUCCAAGUGUCAUCGGGAAUCAAAGCUUGA